GUGCUCCUAGUAUUUAAACAAUUUGGACUAGAAUUAAUUGCUUGCUUCCGUAGAAUUAUUGCUUCAUAAUUUAUUUGUAGGAGGACAGAAGGCUGAUCAAAUACAAAUCUGAGAGAGAAGGCUGAACUUAGCAAUGGGGUGGAGACAUCCGGAUAUUGCACUGCAAGAGUUGAUGGUGUGCGUGAGGGCAUUUGUGGAUAUUUUGAUACUCACUGGCGGCUAUCAGUCCACUGCCCAUCCCGCCUUAUGGGACUCCCAGUCUAUCCACAGAGCUCUUCAGUGGUCGCUUUUCUUUCAAGCUGUUUUGGAGAAACUCCCUGCAUCAGAAGAAGGCAAUGCAUCCAAGCAAGAGCUUGAUAAAGCUCUAUUGGAUCUGACAUCUGAUCCUCUCUUCCCACAGGGCCUGCCGCAGCUGUCCGUUGCAGCUCUCACAGAGUCCAAAAAACUGCUUUUGGGGAACCUACUGCAGGCAGUGAAUCUCAGGGAAAAUCAUCUUUCUUCUCUAUUAACUGUAGCCCAUGAGAUAGAUUCUAGCGACCUAGGAGAUAAUUCCAAAACAUCAGUGUCUUCUAAUGGAGUUUACAGAUUUUCAGGGAAUGAAUUGGAAGUAGUCCAACAAUCUGACAUUCCUAUUUCCAUUCACAAACAAAACGAUAAUCUUAAGAAGCAAGCAGAUGUUUUAGUUUCACGGUCACCACAUUUCAAUUUCUUGGAGAAAGAAACCAUAAAUAAAGGUCCAGAUUCUAAGGAAGAGUUUCCAAAAACUGAAUCAGGCAAAAAAUCAAUUCAUCAUGGUGGUGUUGCAGGCUCUAAUAAAAACUCCAAAAAUUGGCAUUCAGAUUAUGUUAUUCAAGAAAUUACAGAAAGGCAUGCAGCAGUUACCUGUACAAAAUCGCUGGAGGAAGGAUUGAUAGUGUUGGCUGAUUCAGUCCUGCAAAAGAAGGAAGUGGGGUCUGAGCAUCAAAUAUGGGACGACAACAGUGACCCUGUGAGCACUUCAAGUUUUGAGAAUUGGACGUGGGAUAUUCAACUAUGGAGGCAACGAAAGGAUACCAGUUUAUCCUAUUUACUUGAUAAAAGAACAUUAAGUGUGGUAUCAGGAGCAAGUUUAAUUUUCAAUAGCACUAAACCCCUAUGGUCUCACAUACUUGAAUCACUCAAAGGACCAACAGACAAUAUGGAUGACCCUAAUACAUUGGAAAAAGUUGAGCUUUGUUUACUAGGUUUGACUUUGGAAAACUGGAACUACAUAAUAAGAAAAUUCACAUCAGCUACCUAUCGGGUUAUUUCACUUUCCAAAAUUUGGCACUAUCUGCAGAAUAUUCGUAGAGAAAAUGGCGUGGACCUGUAUGCCAGGAAGGAAAAUAUUGAUUUUAAGAGUAGAGAGAUUGAAGGUUACUUGCUACAAUUGCUGGCAAAUAAAAUGGAGAUCCUCUGGAAGAUGCCAUCUGUCCUUGUGGCAUCUAGUCUUCAUUUAAGGUCUAUGUUAUUUUCUUUGUAUAUGGACGAAAUAGAAAAGCGAAUUUAUAGCAAUAGUGCAACAAUCAGAUAUUUCUCUUCGAUCAGUGAUUCUCAAUAUCUUUUGGAUUGUACGUAAAUACAGAAAGUUGCAACUCCCUUUUCUUUGUUUUCUUUAUAAGUAUUUAUGCAUCUUUGUGGCCAUGAGAUUGUGCAUGAGAGAGGGAGGGAGAGAGAGAGAGAUUGAGGGAACGAAGGGAAAUAUCUUACCAUUAUAGAGUUUGUUUGUGCUUGCUUACUUUUUCAAAGGGCUUGUGGUGUUCUAAGAAAUUUAUUGAGACAGAUCUUGAAAUGAGUAUUCUAACAAAUUUGUCUAUUCAUUGUGUCCUUGACAUAGUACUAUAACAUAUAGAAAG